ACUUGAUUGGUUGAAAUGAUCAGCUGAUCAAGAAGCCUGCACAGUGCAGUCCUGAGACUCAGAAGCAAAGAGCUGGGAGUGACUGGAAGUGACUGGAGACCCCAACAGCUGCCGGGAGGGUAACGUUCCUGAUUAACCUGAGUACUGAGCUGUACAUCAUGGAAGCACCGAGCACCUCAGACUCAGUGACUCUGUUCCAAACAGAAGAUAAUGGGGCUGUCCAUCGUAUCCCGGCCCUUCUCUACAUCCAGGAGCCCCCCACCUUUCUGGCCUUUGCAGAGAAACGUUCAUCUCCCAGGGACCAGGAUGCUCUGUUCAUAGUAAUGAGGAUAGGGGUAGAAAAGAAUGGAGUUGUGUGUUGGGAGAAUGAGCGAGUUGUGGGCAAUGCCAAGAUGUUGGGGUGUCGGACCAUGAACCCCUGCCCUGUGUAUGAUGUGAACACCAAGACCUUGUUCCUUUUCUUCAUCUGCGUCAGAAGAAACGUCUCUGAGAUGCAUCAGAUCCUGACGGGGAGGAAUGCCGCCCGCCUGUGCUGCGUUACUAGCGAUGACCUUGGCACAAACUGGAGUCUCCUGAAGGACCUGACGCAAGAGAUUAUUAGUGAUGAUCUCCGAAACUGUGCCACCCUGGCAGUGGGACCCGGGCACGGAAUCCAGGCACCUUGUGGGAGGCUGAUUUUACCCGCCUAUCUCUAUUAUAUCCACUGCCAUGUCUGCUGUAUUCCUAUCCCCCUCUGGACUAAGCCCCAUUCUUUUACAAUAUAUAGUGAUGACCAUGGCAAAAGCUGGCACAAAGGGCAAAUGCUCCGGAAUCAAAAGACCGUUGAAUGUGAAGUGGCCGAGGUUGCCUGUAAAAAUGGCUCCCGCCUCCUGUAUUGUAGCGCUCGCACGGGAAAGCAUUUCCGAGUAGAAGCAAUCAGCCAGAACCAAGGGUUGGGAUUCGCCAACUCGCAUUACUGCAGGGAACUGUGUGAGCCCCCCCAUGGCUGCCAGGGGAGUGUAGUGUGCUAUGAGCCCCUAGAAGAGGGUGAAGAAUUAGGAAAGACUGACAGUCAGUCCCUAACUGGGGAAGGCACCACUUCAUGGCUUAUUUAUUCACACCCGACCAGUAGCAAGAGGAGAGUGGACUUGGGCAUCUAUGUCAACAAGAGUCCAUUAAAGCCGAACAGUUGGACCCAGCCCUGGAUAAUUAAUGGGGGCCCAAGUGGCUAUUCAGACUUGGCAGUGUGCCAGGAUAGCCAAACCAUGGCAUGUCUGUAUGAGUGCGGAUUAAACGGCUGCGAGAAAAUUGAUUUCAAAAGGUUCACCCUCCAGGAGCUGAUGGAGAAUGUGCCAAGUGCUUAACUGGCAGAGUAAUUGCACUGCACCC